GUCUCAUUAGCAUCCGCACCUCGGCUGAGCGCAGAGCCGCCGCCGACGCGGCUCGCAGCGACCGAGUGCCGGGGAGGGCAGGCGGGCGCCGAGGGCAGCCCCGCCGCAGGCAGUAGCAAGGGCCGGGGUGUUCGGCAGCCUGCAGCUCCCUGGGGACCGCCACCCGCCGGCAGCGGCGCGGGCGAGCCGGCCAUGGCCGCCCCCGCGCGGUACCUGCUGGGCUGAGAUGAGCGACAGCGACGGGCUCUGCGGGCGGUGGAUGGGGCAGGCAGGCGGCGGAGAGCUGGCUUCCCGGGCGCGCCGCUGAGGCAGCCCCAGGGCCGCACCGCGCCGACCGGAGCCGCCUUUUUAUUUAUUUGUUGCCGUUCGUAUUUUUUCAUCUGAUUUUCUGCCAGCCGGUGGAGGGAGAGUUCGGUGCGCGGAGAGCACCAGCGGAGAGCGGCAGGCCGAGCCGGGGGAGGCUGGCCGGCCGUCGGCCGGGGCCGGCGAUGCGGUGCCUCGCUCUCCUCGGCCUCGUCGCCUGGGGCCUGGGGAGCUGGGCCGGGCCCAGCGGCGGAGCGUCCCCCCCGCCUUGCCCGGCCUCCUGCAGCUGCGACGGCGACCGCGGCGUGGACUGCUCCGGGAGGGGACUGUCUGCUGUGCCCCCCGGGCUCAGCGCCUUCACACACGCACUAGAUAUCAGCAUGAACAACAUCACAAAGCUACCAGAGGAUGCAUUCAAGAACUUCCCCUACUUGGAAGAGCUGCGGCUGGCUGGCAAUGACCUUUCUUUUAUCCAUCCAAAGGCCUUGGCUGGGUUGAAAGAGCUCAAAGUUCUAACCCUGCAGAACAACCAGCUGAAGACUGUACCUAACGAGGCCAUCAGAGGAUUAAGCGGUUUGCAGUCCUUGCGUUUAGAUGCUAACCACAUCACUGCCAUACCAGAAGACAGUUUCGAGGGUCUGGUGCAGUUGCGUCACCUUUGGUUGGAUGACAACAGCCUGACAGAAGUUCCCAUCUACCCUCUGAGCAAUCUCCCCUCUCUGCAAGCAUUAACUCUGGCUCUGAACAAAAUAACACACAUUCCUGACUAUGCAUUCACCAACCUUUCCAGUCUCGUUGUUCUACACCUUCAUAAUAAUAAAAUAAAAACUAUAGGAAAGCACUGUUUUGAUGGAUUGGACAACCUUGAAACCUUGGAUUUAAACUAUAAUAACAUGGUAGAGUUCCCUGAAGCCAUAAAAGCACUCCCAAAUCUAAAGGAGUUGGGAUUUCACAGUAACUACAUUUCCAUAAUUCCUGAUGGUGCAUUUGCAGGGAACCCCCUUCUAAGAACGAUACAUUUGUAUGAUAAUCCUUUGUCUUUUGUGGGGAACUCAGCAUUUCAGAAUCUGUCAGACCUGCAUUCCCUGGUCAUUCGGGGUGCCAGCAUGGUGCAGUGGUUUCCUAAUUUGACAGGAACUGUUAAUCUGGAGAGCUUGACUCUCACAGGGACCAAGAUAAGCAGCAUUCCUGGUAAUCUGUGUCAAGAGCAAAAGGUGCUACGAACUCUGGACUUGUCUUAUAACAGUAUAAAAGACCUCCCAAGUUUUAAAGGCUGCCACUUCUUGGAAGAAAUUUCCUUACAGCAUAAUCAAAUCCAUGAAAUCACAGAAGAUACCUUUCAAGGACUGUCUGCUCUUCGUAUCCUUGACCUCAGUAGGAAUCGGAUCCAUCAGAUCCACAAGGAAGCUUUCACCACUGUUGGAGCUAUUGUUAACCUAGACCUGAGUUUCAAUGAACUCACUUCAGUUCCAAGCGAAGGAUUGAGUGGACUGAACCAGCUUAAACUUGCAGGCAAUUCCGAGAUGAAAGAAGCUUUGGCAGCAAAGAACUUUGCAAAGCUCCGGUCCCUCUCUGUACCAUAUGCUUACCAGUGCUGUGCAUUUUGGGGUUGUGAUUCUUACUUAAACUCUAAUGCUGAAGACUCCAGUCACCAAGAUCAAGGUGCCUUGGUGGAUGGUGAGAAAGCUGACACAGAUGUUCUAAGAAAUGAGGAAAACGAGGAACUGGGACAAACUAUUAUUCACUGUACACCAGCAACAGGUGCUUUUAAGCCAUGUGAAUAUUUAUUGGGCAGCUGGAUGAUUCGACUGACUGUCUGGUUUAUUUUUUUGGUGGCUUUGCUCUUCAACCUCCUCGUGAUGUUAACGAUAUUUGCAUCCUGUGCUCCACUGCCAUCUUCCAAACUGUUUAUAGGCCUGAUUUCUGUCUCUAACUUAUUUAUGGGAGUCUAUACUGGUAUUCUAACCUUCUUGGAUGCUGUCUCCUGGGGAAGAUUUGCUGAAUUUGGCAUAUGGUGGGAGACCGGCAGUGGUUGCAGAGUUGCUGGCUUUCUUGCAGUCUUCUCGUCAGAAAGUGCCAUUUUUUUCCUGAUGCUGGCAGCUGUUGAACGGAGCUUCUCUGCAAAGGAGAUCAUCAAAAAGGGGAAGAGCAAUCACCACAAACAAUUUCAGGUGGCAGCAGUGUUUGCUUUCCUGUGCGCUGCGGUAGCCGGAUGCUUACCGCUGUUCUACAAAGCGGAGUACUCGGCGUCGCCCCUCUGCUUGCCCUUCCCCACCGGAGAAACACCUUCGUUAGGCUUCACAGUAACUCUGGUGCUCCUGAACUCCUUAGCAUUUUUGCUAAUGGCUGUUAUCUACACUAAGCUGUAUUGCAACCUGGAAAAGGAGGACCUCUCUGAAAACUCUCAGUCCAGCAUGAUUAAGCACGUGGCUUGGCUCAUCUUCACCAACUGCAUCUUCUUCUGCCCCGUCGCCUUCUUCUCCUUUGCGCCGCUGAUCACCGCCAUUUCUAUCAGCCCUGAAAUCAUGAAGUCUGUCACUUUGAUCUUCUUCCCAUUACCUGCUUGCCUGAAUCCGGUUCUCUAUGUGUUCUUCAACCCCAAGUUCAAGGAAGACUGGAAGCUGCUGAGGCGCCACAUGACCAGGAAGAGCGGAGCGGUAGCGAUCGCCGUCAACGCUCAAGGAGGCUGCGUGCCGCAGGAUUUCUACUACGACUGCGGCGUGUACAGCCACCUGCAGGGGAACAUCGCCGUGUGCGAGUGCUGCGAGUCGCUCCUCUUGUCCAAGCCCGUGCCCUGUAAACAUUUAAUCAAGUCCCACAGCUGCCCCGCGCUGGCAGUGGUGCCUUGCCAAAGGCCGGACGGCUACUGGUCGGACUGCGGCACCCAGUCGGCUCACUCCGACUACGCGGACGAGGAUGACUCCUUCGUGUCGGACAGCUCGGACCAGGUGCAGGCCUGUGGCCGCGCCUGCUUCUACCAAAGCCGGGGAUUCCCUUUGGUUCGCUAUGCCUACAACAUCCCCAGGAUUAAAGACUGAAGGCCUUGGGCCAUCAGCUGCGAUAAUAGAGAGCUGCGAUGCUUCAUAGACCCUUGCCUGUUCGGACCUUCGGAGCAGGAAGCACUUUUGUAAUGGUCGUGUAGCAUCACUGGUAAAGAAGGGAAGCAGGCAGGAACUUCUUUGAGCCAUACAGUUAGAAAGAAUUCAACAACUAAAUCCAUCACCCUGACUGUAAACAACUUGUACACCAAAUUUGUUACUCCAUAGUUUUGCUCUCUCCACGCAAUGGUGGUUCCUUUUAUACAGUUUUUUACAUGGUAAUGGUGUGGUUCCACGUUGUACUUUGCUUCUGCUGUUGGCAAGGUAAGUUCUGUUGGUUUGGGGUUGUUUGGUUUUUUUUUCCCCCUUUAUUUUUCUCUUUUCCCCUCUGCCAAAGCACAAUAUAAAGGACAGUUGUUUCAUAUCAAAGAAAUUAUUUUUAAAUGUGACUUUUCUAUAAUUAAGCAAAAAAAAACCCCAAACCUCUCUUGCUAGCUUUGUAUAGUGUCUUCAGCAUCGAAUCUCAGGAUGAUUUUUUUUUACUGCAGGGCCAAAAAAAAAAGGGAUUCAUUCUCCCAUGCAUAACUGUGACAGCAAUACAGGAAUGCUGUGUUUGUUUUGUAUUUGAACUGAAAGGUUUUGUUACAACAAAGCACUUGUAAUCCACAGUAUCUGCAGACUAUGAAAUAAGCCUAUUGCCAGCUGUCAGGAAUAAUAGGGUUGAACACAUUCAUUUUCUUCCAGUGAUGAUUUGUUACUUCAGGUGAACCACAGCAAGAUUCUUCAGUGUUAUGCAGUUGGGUCACACUGCUGGAAGGAGUAUCAGUGCAUAGCAGUGCUGCCAGUGCUUACAGCUCAAGUCUUCCCAGAAAGAUCGCCUAACACUCUGCAGUCUGUUGAAUGUUACAGUGCCCCAGUAAUACCUAGGAAUAAACUGAGAUUUUAGCAAAUGGAGGGAAACCAGAAAGCAAUUUUGCAAUAAAGAGAAGCAUCCUUCCAACCGAGUGAAGUACACUCUGUGUAGUCACUGAUUUUCAUGUCAAUCAGUGCAGUAUCUUUAAACCAGUUGAAUCCUGAGACCCAAGUGAUUUAAGUACUAUCAGAUAUUGAGUCUGAAAUCUGAUUGCUAUAAAGCUAUGAAUGCCACAAUGCAGUAAUCAUACCUGUUUCUUGAACAAUACACUAAAUCAAAAGCAAAUCCACUGCCAUCCCAGUUCCUCUGGAGACAUUCUGGUUAAGAUUUAAAGCUAGAUUGCUGUUUUGAGAAUUAAACUGUAUAUACUGUUCAUAACAAUGAAUUUUUAUCUUUGUAUUGUAAAUUAUUUGAUAGAACACAUGAUGGGAAAUGUGGCUUCAGUUCAUUUUGUUAAUUAAAGCUACCUCCUAAACAAUAGUGGCUGCCAGUAGCAGAAUGUUUAAAAAGUGGUUUAUAUACUUUUUUGCAUUGUAAAUAGACAUGGUUGUAUAUUGUCACUGUAAUAAACCUAGACUCCUUGUAUAUCAAAAUCAUGUAGUUUGUACAAAGUAGGGGAGGAUUAUUUGCUGUAUGCUGUCAAUUUUGUAAGCCAAAAACAUUCACACUUAAAAACAAAAGGAGAAGAAAACCAACCCAGAGUCGUUAAUUCUGCUAUUUAGACUCAUGAAUAUUACAUCUGCAGUUAGCAUGGUAUGUUUCACUGAAAGCAAAUAAAGGGUACAUGAAUGAUUGAUUGUUAUUCAAUCUCUGUUUUUCAAAAGUCAAGGCUGAAGGUUGUGCACAUGUAAAAUUACUGAGCCUAAGUAAUGUGCCACCUGCUCUCCACUACACUGUGGUGAGAGUUUUGGGGAAAAGCUGCCAGCAAGGUAAGAAAGCUUCCAGUGUGCGAGUGGAUUUAUGGUCUGACUCUUGGCAUGCAAGAGGUUAAAUACUUGAGAGAAGCUUUUGCCCUCUUACAAAGCAAUCUCUUUAUUAAAGAUCUUGUUACAUACUGUA